AUGGUAGGGGUAAUGGAGACCUCCUUCCUAAGGAUUUAUGGCAGCAUGCUAUGCCUCCUAGGACUGCUUCUGUCAGUGUCCCUGACCCUGCAGCAGGCCACUGUCGACCCACACCUCCAUCAGAGACUCCCAGAUACUCAGAGGCCAUUUGGCUGUCUCUCUUGUGGGGUCACUGCUCCCCUCUCCUGGGUCCUGGUGGGCACAAGGUUCUGUUUGUGCCCUCCAAGAGUCUCCCUUUCCCCAGUCCUGUGGAAGUUCUGUAAUCGAAUUCUGCUGACCUUUAAAGUCAGAUUCCCUGGGGAUUCUCAGUCCCUUUUACUGGAUUCCCAGCGUGGGAAGUCUGUUGCGAGCCCUAGAAUUUUCGCAACAGUGCUAGAAUUUCUUUGGUGUAAUUGUUCCCCAGUUUGCAUAUCCCCCACCUGGCAGGUCAGUGGUGGUGCUAACGGCGACCUCCUCCAAGCGGGACCUGAGCCACCCACCCCGCCUGCAGGACUGCCGCCGCCCUGGCCCCGCAGCGGGCCACUGCUGACCCGUGCCUCCUCCGGAGACGCUCGCGCACUCACAGGCAGGCCUGGCUCAGUCUCUUGUGGGGUCACUGCACCUUUCGCGGGGUCCUGGUGCAUGCAGAGUUUUGUCUGUGCCAUCCAAGCACCGCUGGUGGGCUUGGGUUAG